AUGUCGAAGACCGAAGCGCUCACCCAGGCGUUUCGCAAGGCAAUAGGUGUGAGGAUCAAAGAGGAGACGGAAAUCAUCGAAGGGGAGGUAGUCGAAAUCCAAAUCGACCGACCAGCCACGGCCGGAGCCGCGGCCAAAACGGGAAAGCUCACGCUCAAGACGACCGACAUGGAAACAAUCUACGAGCUGGGAGUGAAGAUGAUCGACUCUCUCGUGCGCGAAAAGGUCCAAAGCGGCGACGUGAUAGCCAUCGACAAGGCUACCGGGCGGGUGACCAAGCUCGGGAGGAGCUUCACGCGGUCGAGAGAGUACGAUGCUGCGGGGCCGGCGACGCGGUUUGUUCAGUGCCCGGAUGGGGAGUUGCAGCGGCGCAAGGAGGUGGUGCACGUGGUGUCGCUGCACGAGGUGGAUGUGAUAAACAGCCGCACGCAGGGGUUCCUGGCGCUGUUCACGGGGGAUACGGGGGAGAUCCGGGCGGAGGUGCGGGAGCAGAUCGACAGCAAGGUGCAAGAGUGGCGGGAGGAGGGCAAGGCGGAGAUUGUACCGGGGGUGCUGUUUAUUGACGAGGUGCACAUGCUGGACAUCGAGUGCUUCUCCUUCCUCAACAGAGUCCUGGAACACGAGAUGGCGCCCAUACUGAACGAGAUGGCGCCCAUACUGGUCGUGGUGGUGGUCGCCAACCAAUCCUCGUACCUUUACCCCUCUUCAACCCUCUCCACCCCUCUCCACUGCUCCCCACCCGUCUCCAACCUUCUCCACCGCUCUCCACCCCCCUCCAUACAGGUGCACAUGCUGGACAUCGAGUGCUUCUCCUUCCUCAACAGAGCCCUGGAAAACGAGAUGGCGCCCAUACUGGUCGUGGCGACCAAUCGGGGCAUCACCACGAUCCGAGGAACCAACUACAAGGCGCCACAUGGCAUUCCGCUGGAUUUUCUCGACCGCCUGCUUAUCAUCAGCACAGAGCCGUACAAGGAAGAGCAGAUCAUCAAGAUAAGAUGCCUGGAGGUGACAGCAGACUCGUCCCCUCACGCCCUCUGCCUGGAGCCAUACAAAGAAGAGGAGAUCAAAGAGAUUAUAAAAAUCCGAUGCCUAGAGGAGGCAGUAGACACGUCCCCUGACGCCCUCGACCUGCUCUCCAAAAUCGCCCGUACGUCGCUCAUGCAGCCCGUACGUCGCUCCUGCAGCCCGUACGUCGCCCCUGCAGCCCGUUCACGCUACCCCUACAGCCCCUUCACGCUGCCCCUGCAGCCGCGCGUCGCCUCUGCAGCCUGUCCGCGCGGCCCCUGCAGCCCGCGCGUCGCCCCUGGAGCCCGCGCGCCGCCUCUGCAGCCCGUCCUCGCGGCCCCUGCAGCCCACGCGUCGCCCCUGGAGCCCGCGCGCCGCCUCUGCAGCCCGUCCGCGCGGCCCCUGCAGCCCGCGCGUCGUCUUUUAAGCCCGCGCGCCGCCUCUGCGGCCCGUUCGCGCCGCCCCUACAGCUUGCGCGCGGACCUGCCGAGCCGCGCGCCGCCACUGCAGCCCGUACGAGCUGCCCUUGCAGCGCGCGCGGCGCCCCUGCAGCCCGCGCGUCGCCCCUGCAGCCCGCACACCGCCCGUGGAGCCCUUGAGAUCUCUUCUGACUCCUCUGACUCACCUGAGGGGGGUGACGCCAUCACCAACGACAUGUCGACCACUCGCCACACUACUCGCUUGGCGACCCCCCCGGGUUUCCCGCCACGGCCGUCUUCGCCGCCUCCACAGCCUGCUGCUAUGGACUGUGGAGCGGAGAUUACUGGAGCUGGCGCUGGGGGUGGUGAGUCUGGGGGUGCCCGCUCUCCUUGUCUGGCUACCCCCCCGGGGAUCCCCCCUCUGCCGUCUUCGCCGCCUGUACAGCCUACUGCUGUGGACACUGGAGCAGAGACUGAGGGUGCUGGGACUGAGCCGCCCCACCUGGCCCCUCAAGCCGUCAUCACGGAGGCAAGAGCCGCCGCAGCCGAGCCCCCGGAGCCGCUGAGCCGCCCAGCAGUCGAGCCGCCGAGCCGCCGAGCCGCCGAGCAGCCGAGCCGCCCAGCAGCCGAGCCGCCGAGCCGCCCUACAGCCGAGUCGCCCGCACUUCUGAGCCGCCCGAGCAGCCCUGUCCGUGUCCUCGCUUUUGACGCUGAGGGUCGGGCCAUUGACUUUGACGUCUGGGUAGAUGACCUGCAGCUUUUCCUCCACUGCGAUAGGGCACACGGUCUCUCCCUCUUUGACCUCACCUCUAGUGCCUCUCCUGCUCCUGCUGCUGAUGCUGACGCCACUAAUCGUUCACAAAGGGCCACUCGAGACCACUUCCUCUCAGUGUGCCCCACCACUCUCACCGUUGACCUCCUCGAGAAGUCCCUUCUAGCAGCGGAGAAGAGCACAGUCGCUGUAGGAGCCUCUCGUGGUGACCCCCGCACCCCCGUCUUUGAGGGGUGUUCUCCCUCCCCCCUCUUGCCCUCUGUUGCUUCUGCUGCUGCGGCCGACCUCGUUGGUUUUGAGUCGGUCGGUGCUGCGCUUGCCCCUUCGGGGAAGCGCCGCACAGACAAGGGCAAGGGGGGCAAGGGCGCUGGAGGAGCGGGAGGAGGCGGUGGAGGUGGCGGUGGAGCCGGCGGAGGGAGUGGGGGUGGUGGUGGCGGUGGGAGUGGUGGCGGGGGUGGGGGUGGCGACGGCGGUGGUGGAUGCGGAGGCGGAGGCGGUGGUGGCGGAGGGAGCGGAGGCGGCGGUGGUGGCGGAGGCGGCGGAGGUGGCGGUGGAGCAGGUCAUGGUUCUGCGCAAAGGAGUGGCUCAGGUGGUGGUCCGCGCCAGCAGCAGCAGCGCGGUCGUGAGACCCUGUCCCCUCAGCAGCUCCGUGAGUGGUACAGUGCACGCCAGCGGGGUGGAGGUUUUGGUCUGUGCACCUACGUCCUGCGCACCGGCGACCCUGCGGAGAUCCCUCGCUGGGGCGAGCUGUCUAGGGCGGGGGUUGCUAUCUUUGACCUUGACUUUGAUGCUAUUCUUUCUGCCAUGUAUGCUGUGACUAUUAGUGAUGAGGGUGACUGUUACCGGUGUUUCCCGCCCGAUCCGGGCAUUGCGACUGCUGCUCUAGGUACUGGUGAGGCUGCUGCCCUAGGUGCUUGCGAGGCUGCUGCUCUAGGUGCUAGUGCGUCGGCUUCCUCAGGUACAGUCACGCCGCUUGGUCGGCCGGUUGCGGUGUCUCUGGCUGACCACUCUGGGGGUCCUGUCCUGGCCCACUUCUCCACAGUCCUCUCGUGUCCCGCGGCUCCCUCUGGCACCCUGUCUGGUCUUUACCUCCCCUCGUUCUCGACGAACUUGGUGAGUGGUGCCGACCUACAGGAUGGGGGAGUGCACCAGUUCACUCCUGCAAGUCAGCGGGUGACGCACUUUUGA